AAUCCAUCUCACCGCCGGAAAGUAAAAAUGAGUUCUACCGAUGUUCCGACUAAGGGUGGCAGAGGCAAGAAAUCUGCCGCCAAGGCAGUCUCCAGGUCUCACAAGGCUGGUCUUCAAUUCCCCGUGGGUCGUAUUGCCAGGUACCUCAAGAAGGGCCGUUAUGCCCAGCGCGUAGGUUCUGGAUCACCGGUUUACCUCUCCGCCGUCCUCGAAUACCUCGUCGCUGAGGUUUUGGAGUUAGCGGGGAAUGCUGCGAGGGACAACAAGAAGAACAGAAUCAUUCCGAGGCAUAUUCAGCUUGCGGUGAGGAACGAUGAGGAAUUGAGCAAGCUUUUGGGAUCGGUUACGAUUGCUAGUGGAGGAGUGAUGCCGAAGAUUCAUCAGUCUCUUUUGCCGAAGAAGGCCGGGAAUGCGAAAGACAAGGCCGAAAUCGGAUCGGCCUCUCAAGAAUUUUAGGUUACGGUAGAAAUCACUACCAUUGAUGAUGAAAUGAAAAUUAAAUAGUUAGGUUAUGUUAGAUUGUUAUUAGCUUCAAUGGAUCAUACUUCUUUCCGUAUGUAAAUUUGCGAAACGAAUUUCGCAUAGAUCAGGUUCCGUCAUUGUCGUCGUUCAACUUUUUUAUUGUGUAAAUGCGGAUGAAGUUCACCGCUAAUCAGAAUCGAAAGAAACUAGUCGAGUUUUCAAUUU